GAGUUGCAACGGAAGAAUACCACCAUGGGUGCGAUACUCGAAACCCCGUCGCGCGUAUGGCGGAGAAUACAAGACAUUGAGGGACAGGAGAUGCCCUCUCUGCCUUCGAUACCCGUCAUGGAAGACUUGACAGAAAUGCACUCAGAAACGACCGACGACCUGGAUGCCUCUCGCAUGUCGAACCCUAUCACGUCGACGCCGGCAGCUUUCAGCUCGCACCACAAUACUGUGUCCACGAUCAAGCCUUCACUUACGCUGGGCACGGGCAGUACCGCGAGAUUUGCGAACUCCAUAGAGUCACGAUCCUCCAAAUCUAUGACAGGGAUGAGUGCGAGUGGGUCGAAGAGCGGCUUGUCUAAGCAGCAACUUGUAAAACAGCAACCACAGCAGUACAGUUUCGACAUGAGUAUGAUUCCUUCUCUUCCUCAGCCCCAUGACGACAUGGAGAUCCGGAGUAGCGACCAAGAUACCCACGAUUCCGUCGCCGAUGCCUACUUCCCUCCUGCGGACGCCGGGGCGGAAGACGACUUUAACAUUUCGGAGGCGUUGCAGUCAGUAAGUAGGUCGGGGUCACCUUCUCAGGUCGGAACCCAAGGUGAGUUUUUUCUGCAGCUCUGGGAUCGCUCGAGUAAGACAAGUAUUUUCCAGCCUUCUCCCUUCGAUAAGCUGCGCAACGUUUCUUUACGACGUCCUUUAUCCCGCAAUACACGCACACCCAGUCUCACACGCACCAACACGCCCUCACCAUCAUCCUCCACUUCGAACUCUACCCCUCACGACACCCAGUCCUUGCCAUCCAACCCUGUGUCACCUAUUCCUGCGCCAUCUGCUCCACUUCCACGCUCGAAUACUGCGUCCCCGAUGCUUGCACGACAGGCUUCCGCAUCAGCUAUGCCCGCUCGUUUCAUUCCGUUGCCACCUUCCACGAAUACAUCGCCUGUGACGGCAAUUCCUUUGAGACAAAGGGCAUAUGAGCAAGCUACGGACAACGAGAUAGCAUCGCCAUCAAGGUCCUUGCCUCAGGCAGAAUUUACUCAAAUAACUGAAGCGCACACCGAACAAGCGAGCAGUGUAGCUGAGACUGACGAACGAGAGCCAACGUUUUCGUCUGAAGAGGGCCCGACGCCUUUCGGUCGCAGUGCUUCACAUGGCCCAAACCAGUUCCAACAGAGCCGCGCAUCUCCUGUGAUCUCUGUUGCGUUUUCCUCACCUGCGCCUUCUGCCAUGUUCACUCCGACACCUGCGUUCCCUCGUCCCCGUGCGCGUUUCCAGCUUCCACCAGCUCGGCCUCCAACCAGCACAACUCCACCAGACCCACUCAGCAGUUCUGAACAAGGCGGUACCCACGAAGACCAGGACGAGGCUACCUGGCGGGCGGGCGAUCACCGCGAAGAUCCUGCGACACCUAAUGCUCACAAACGCUCCUUUCUCUUGUCCGUUAUCAAUUCGACUGCGCGCCCUCGCCUCAAGCACCCCACUCCUCACCCUCAUCACCACCCCACUCCUCACCCUCAUCACGUCGGAAACGAUGUCCCUGAGACGCCAGCGGCCGCAUUGCCGGCUGCCUUCGCUGGUAUCACACCAGGCCUCCACGCACAUCUAUCCAUGCACUCACGUUUUUCCCACCCGUUAGCUCAAAUCUGGACUGCACAAGCACAGUCAGACUCUGGUAGCGAAGAAGUACAGGCACAGUCUCCUGUCGGCUACGACGGCGGCCUCGACCGUGCGUCCUUCAUCUCGACCGCGUCGUCGCAAGACUUGACGACACAUGCCCGCGCGAACGCGUCCUUUGACCCCGUCAUUGGGCUCGGUGAGCGCGGACAUGGCGUCGGCCGCUUUAACGCAGGCAAGCUCAAUAACUACUUGCACGGCUUAAAUCGCAAACUCCAGGAGGAGAAUGAGCAGCUUGUCGUGCAGCUACGAGCGUAUGAGGAGAAACACGGUGCGUCCGACGCGACGGGCACCGAGGUCAGCCCUGGCUCCAGCGCGGCGUCGGCACGCCGAAGGCAGUCGGGUGGUGGACGCAGGAUCAGCGCGGGUCCUCUCGGCCUUGGCGCUGUCGUAGAAGACGCCUGGGUUGAGGAGAAGGCGCAGAUGGAGGAGCUCGUUGAGAAGAUGGAAGAGGAGCUCGAGCGUAUCGGGCACGAGAAGGCGGACACAGAGCGGGCGUUGGAGGAGGAGCGGGACGAGCGCAUGCGGGACAAGGAGCGCUUCAAGCAGCGGAUGACGGAGGUCGAGCAGGGUGUGCAGGAAAUUGUCGAGGACCUUGACAAGAAGCUGCACGAUGCGGAGCAACGCGCUGAGACUGCUGACAAGAAUAAAGGACAGAUGAUCCGGGAUGUCGAGAGGCGUCUGGCCGAGGUUAUUGUAGAACGCGAUGUGCUCGUGGAACGCGUCGAGCAGGCGGAGAACGCGCUCAAGAGCGGCAAGGAUCUGGGCGCAGAGCUGAACGCGGCAAACGAGCGUGUUGCGAAGGUACUCGGCGACCUGAAGAACGCGAACCUCCUGAUAAAGAGGCUCGAGGAAGAGGCUGGACGCGCGGAUGAACGGAUGGACGCCAUGGAGAAAGAAUUGGCGGAGGAGAAGAAGCUGGUCGUGGAGCUGGAGGAGGAGCUUCAAGUCAAGUCGGACGAGCUCUCGCAGACUUUACAGCGCCUCGAAUCCUUGCAGGAUGAUGUCGAUUCUGCGCGUCACGAAGUUCAGCAGCACAAGGCGUUUGCUGCGCAGCUCGAGGGAGAUGCCAACGCUGCCGUUGAGCGUGUUGCCACCUUACAACAGCAACUCGCAGCAACUCGGGACAAGCUCGAGACAGUGACUGCCAUUCUGGACCAGGAGCAGGAGAAGAGCAGCAAGUUCGAAGCCGAGGCGGAACGGACGGCCGAGCUCGCGCGCGAGCUCGAGGAAGCACUCGACGCCGCAGAGCACAAGAUUCGGGACGACGAGGAGCAAAUUAACGGCUUGAAGAUCAAGGUAUCCGGCCUCGAGCGUGAACUCGACCGGUCCCGUUCGCGAAACGAAGCGUCCAAGCUACAGGCUGUGCCUGAUCCUGAGAUGCAGGCCGAGAUCGACGUGCUGGAAGCAGAACUCGAUGGUGCCCACAAGGAGAUUGCGCGGCUGAAUAUGCUCGUGAGCCAGUCACCCGCUCGCAAGGCGAUGGAGCGCGCCAAAAACUCGCGAAUCGAGAUGCUCGAGCAAGAGCGCGACGAUUUGCUCGAGCGGCUCAAAGCCAUGAAAGUGAACUCGGCCAACGUCAGCGCAUCGGGCAAGAUGAGUGCGAACGGGAUCUCGCCGUUCCACCGUGCCGUCUUGAACAUGACCAUGAAGAGCCCGAAGACACCGGGAGGGCCUUUGCGAGACCUUUCAUGGCUCCAGACGACGGUUCAUGAUGCCACCGCUGCGCCGCUUGUCGCCGAGAUCGAACGGCUACAGCAGGAGCUCGAGCGCGCGAACGAGGACAUCGACGAGAAGAUCGACAGGCUUGAGGACGCGGGCCUCGGCGUCGUGUCUUUGACCAAGCAGCUCGAAGAUGCCCGAGAAAGGAUACACGCAUUGGAGGAUGAGGUCGGUCGCCUCUCACGGCGCGAGGAGCGUCGCGUUCAAAGGCUCGAGAAGCUACGCUGCCAGAAGUGCCGCGUCAAGGUCGACACGCUGUCGUUGCAAAUGCGCUCUGCAGACGAAAGCUCGUUGGUUGACCCAAGAGAUAUCGAAGAGGUAUCUGAGCCGCCGACCCCACCGACGAAGACUAGCGAGAAGUUGCGCGCCGACCUGAAGGCGGUCACAGAGCAGUUGGCCAACAUGAAGCAACAGUGGGACGGGGAGCGUCGCAAGCUCUUGGGCGAGAACGCUUCCCUGAAAGAUACUACUAAUCGCUUGAACCUCGAGGUCCGGCAGGCGAAGAGCGACAUGAGGCGGCUUGCUGACACCGAUCGUACGAAGGCUAGUACUCAGGGGGACAUGGCCGAUAUUCGCCAAGAACUCCAACGCAUCAAGCAGGAGAAUCAAGAAUUGGAAGGCGAGCUCCGUGCCAACUCGAAUGUUGAGCAGAAGGCUCGUCUGCUGGAGAGCAAGGUGGCCGAGAAUAUUGAGACGAUUGAACAGUUGCGCCGCGAACGUUCCUUGCUUGUGGCUGACCACAAGAAGCUACAAAAGCAGUUCGGACAAGCAUCUGAGAACGUCAACCAACUGCGCAAGAGUCACGCAACCUCGCAAACAUCGCAUGACAAGCGGAGGCACGCGCUCGACCUGCACCUGCUCGAGAUCGAGGACCUUCGGCGCGCAAUCUCGGCGCAGACUGGUGAGCUGCAGCGCGCUGAGGCGGAAACACAGCGGGCGGCGUCGGAACGAGGCGACCUGGCGCGCACGGUCGCCGCGCUCGAGACAGACCUCCGACGCGUGCGUCGUGACGCGGAAGCCUUUGGGCGCGACUUGCGCGAGCUUCGCGCCCAGAAGGACAAGCUCGAGGCUGAGCGGCGUGACGCGACUGCGCGGGCGGAGCGUGCCCAGAAACAGGCGCAGACGCAGAUCCGGGUACUCAAGGAGGAGGUCCAGGAGCAACGCGAGCGGGCGCGUGCAGCACGCGACGAGUGGAAGCGGCAUGUCUGUGCGGAUGCGGUCGACAACGAGCAGGUUGUCGCGCUGAAAGCACAGCACAAGAAUGAGUGCAAGGGCUUGAUCGUUCAGAUCAAGUAUCUCAAGGCCAAAUGGACGCGAGAGUCGGGGCUGCGGUCUGACCUUGGCUACCAGAAGCAGUACCUCCUUGUGCUUCUGGCUCGGUGCGAACGCAACGAGCAAAAGAUUCUAGCAGCAAUUGCUAAAACUGGCUUCCCGGGAACGCUGCCUCACACCUCUGCCAAAUCAACACGAAAGGGACGCAAGCUCAAGACCGUUGUACACUCUAUCGUCUUUGCCCUAAGAGCGAAACAUGCGAGUGAUGCAUGGCGACUAGAAUGCAGCGCAAAGCAGGCGAUCGCCGCUGCGUUGCAGGACGUGCGUAAGGCACGGGAAGAGCGCGCCAAGGCUUCGGCUUAAUUUAUUCUGAUAUGUCUCUUUGUUAUAUGUUCUCUUGUAUGUUCGGACAUGUCUCUGGGUGUGGGACAGGCGUUACAUUAGCAUCCAGCAUAAAUGUAUCAUUAGAGCUUUCCAGAAAUUGUUGAAUACCUUCACAGCAGAUUAACCGUGCGGGACAAGUACACGAACCCCGGCAAACCUCAUGAGGAUGGAGGUGAUCCCUUUGUUGGCCGAAUUAUUUUGACGGUGCCCUUGGAGAAGAGGUACGAUGCGCCGCUCCAGAUUGUCGUUGCGCCUACUGUCCACCUAGGAGAAUAUUAGC